CGGUGCGCGUUGACGCAGCGGGUGGCAGCUGGUGCGUCAGGAGGAGACCGAGAUGCCACAACAGCAGCAUCACCGGCCGCUGACUCCGUCUCAUCUGCUCCCCGUCGGUUCCGCUCCUUACUGGGUCGCCGCUCAUGCUUUGGCCGCGUAGCAGCGCGUCAGUCCGGGCCGUGAUCGGAGGAGAGAAGCGUCGGAGCGGCGGCAGCAUCUGGAGGAUGCUCUGGGGUUUCCCAGCAGCCCCUUGAAGAUGAGUGUGACGUCAUGGUUCCUGGUGAGCAGCUCGGGGACUCGGCACCGCCUUCCCAGGGAGAUGAUAUUUGUGGGCCGAGAGGACUGCGAGCUCAUGCUGCAGUCUCGCAGCGUCGACAAACAACAUGCCGUCAUCAACUACAAUCUCACCACCGACGAGCACCUGGUGAAGGACCUGGGCAGCCUGAACGGGACGUUCGUGAACGACCUGAGGAUCCCUGAUCAGACGUACAUCACCCUCAAACUGUCCGACAUCAUCCGUUUUGGAUACGAUUCUCAUGUCUACAUUCUGGAGAAAAGUCAACACAAAGUCCCAGAGGAGGCUCUGAAGCAUGAGAAGUACAGCAGUCAGCUGCAGAUGAGCCUGAAGUCUUCAGAGAAGGAGACGGAUGUGGAGGACCGAGCAAGACUGGAGAAAACCCUUAGUACAAAGAGUACACAAGAGAUCCCGGUGAGUCGGCCCACUCCUUUGUACGGUCAGCCAUCUUGGUGGGGAGAAGAGGAUUAUCCAAGUAAAGUUCAAACCAGCGACGAACCUUAUGAAGAAGUCCAGAGAGAUGCUUCGUUGGUGGACCUGGACUUUACCGGAUCUGAAUCUCUUGCAGAACCCCAACCAAAGACCGCGUUCCCCCCGUACCACCGAGAGCCCAGCUACUUUGAGAUUCCCACCAAGGACUUCCAACAGCCUAACACUUUGGGCUUGGAGCUUCACGAGAUUCCCACCAAGGACACGGACACACCUAGAGCCUCUUCGCCCCCUCCAACUGCGACCCCGCCGGUGGUCCAAAGCCACGCCUCUUUCACCAUCGAAUUUGACAACUGCAUGCCAGGCAGGAUCAAGAUCAAGGACCACGUAACCAAGUUCACCAACCGGCAGGGGAAGCAGCAGGCUCCGCUCAACUGCCAUGCCCUCACCAAAGCCACACCCACAGACAUGAUGUCAGUGGAAAGCAAAGUGGCUGAUUGGCUGGUCCACAGCGAUGUCAGCAUCAUGAGAAGACGUCCGACGUGUGAAGAUACUUACAGCACCAAGAGCGACCUAGCCGUCAACAUCAAGACGCUUAGAGGUCACCAUCACGAGGACGGGACACAGAGCGACUCAGAGGACCCUGUACUUUCAGAUGGAAGAAGUAAGUCUCACCACUCCAUCAAAUCAGAGCAGUCAGAUGCGCCGCACCCAUCAGAGCCCUCUGUCCAUGCCCAGUCGCCUCCAUCGCAGCCACUCAGCGAGCCGGUGCGGUUCUCUCCACUUGGACCUGCACCUUCUCUACCUUUCCCUACUGAGCAUCUUCUUUCCCAGAGUCCUCCUCAGGAUCAGUGUCCCGCCACAGACAAGCCUAAACAGUGCCCCCCAGAGCACCUCACCCAGCAGGCCUUUGUCAUCGAGUUCUUUGACGACAACCCCCGCAAAAAGCGCUCACAGUCCUUUACACACAACCCGGGCCAUGCUGAUUCCUACUCCGCCCUGAAAGCCAAGCUGGAGCGCCGGAAGGGCGGCGAGAGGCCGGCGUCUGUGCACGGUCACCUCCCUCACACCCAGCAGGUGACAGUUCCUCUGAAGGGCCAAGGUCACGGCGGCCCCCAAAGGUCGAGCUCUCUGAAGAGGGAGAAGACCGAGGGGGAGGUGGCCCCCUCCGGAUCCUCCUCACGCUCCUCCUCAGGUAUCACCGUCAAACCCUUCGGCAGCGUUGGGAAGAAGUCCAAGCUGGCCCAAGAGUUUGCUGCUGAGUUCUUGAAGGAUUCUAUCAGGCAGGAUUCCUCCCCGACGAAGGAUAAGAUGCCACCCCCCCCGAUGUCUGCCCCACCAGUGAUGGUGUCGCCUGCGCGGGGCAGAAUUCCCUCCCCCCAAGAGUCUCUGGCACCUUCCUUGGUGUCCUUUCCCACUUCCCACUUGCAGCCCCCAGCAACGUCAAAGUCCUCGACCCCCCUCCAUGCUGCUAUCCAGAACCCCUCUCCAGUCCACUCCUGCGGGCCUCCCGUGUCCCCCGUGCUGCCCUUGGGCAUCCGACUAGGAGACCCCAAAGUUUCCCCGAGGAUGAUUAGGAACGAGGAGGACGACAGCCUGAGUGACGCAGGGACCUACACCAUCGAGACAGAGUCGCAGGACCAAGAGGUGGAGGAAGCUCGCAACAUGAUCGAUCAGGUGUUUGGUGUCCUCGACUCUCCAGAGUACAGUGGUGUGAACACUGGAGUCUAUAGACCUGUAAUAAAUGAUGGCAAGGAUGAGCAAGCUAACCUGCCUAGUGAUGGUAGCACUGUGGACCAGUUGCAUGGCUUUAUCCCAACUGCUAUCAGCGGCCCCCCAACAGUCCCCACGCAGGUUCCGUCUGCUCAGCCAGCAGGUCCAGACAGACCGAAGUGGGUCUCACGUUGGGCAAGUCUGGCGGAUGGUUACGCUGAGCCCGGCUCCAAUGUGCCUCAGGGGGAAUGUAUGGAAGAUUUGCGCUUGGUGAGCCGGUCGAUGGUGAAUAACAGCUACGAUAAUUCGGAGUCGGAGUCGAGCCACAGCUCCAGAACCAGAAGGCUGCUUCCCCAAGUGCCUCCAGAAAAGCUAGACAGCAUUUCCCCGAGUAUCCUAAUCUGCCACGAGGGCUUGCAGGAACCUCUGGAUAGGGUCACCAAUCCUCCAUAUACACAGGACUCCACCCUGCGCCUGUGCGUUCAGGAUGAUGUGGACCCGGACAGCCUGAGUGACGCUAGUCGCUCAGAUGAUGGGCCAGUUCUGGAGAACACAAGUAAAAAACAGCCCAAGACCGGAUCUUUGUCCAAGGGGGUAGCCGGUCCUCCGUUCAAGGAUCCAGAGAAAGUGUCUCCCUCCUCCAAACCUACCUGCUUCUACAUCGGUUCUGACGACGGUCCUGGAAAAUCCGACCAGGCCUGGAGCCCGGUGCAGUUGGACAGGACCCGCGAUCCCCCAACAAAACCUCCCGCUACCACCGUGCUUAUCCGACACCUGAGCGGACAUGAACCCAGGAAGGCCGGCGUCAAACCCAACAGCUCCGCUCCGGAUCUCAAGAUACAGGACAAGGAUUACGUCCCUACUACAGACGUCUGCGUGUCCUCCAUUGUCCGGCAGGAGAGCUUCACAAAGGACCGGCCCAGCGAUACCGUACAGAUGAAGAAGCUCCCGCACAUCUCCAGCCACCCAUCCCUCAGAGAUAUGGAGCAGAGGAGGGAGGCCAUCCAGGACCCGGGGUCCUUCCUUCGGGAGGGAACUCCGACCUCCCUGGACUCUAAGUUACCCUCGUCUGGCUCUGGUCGUAGCUCGAAGAAAGGUGGCUCCUCCACCCACAUGGACGACUCCUUGUCCGGUGAGUCGGACGUCGACACUGCGAGCACCGUGAGCCAGGUGAGCAGCAAGAACGCCCCAAUAAGCUCCACCUCCAAGAAGUGCGCCUCCAUUGGUGUACUCCAGAAGGAGAAGUCCUCCUCUGGCUCUUCGGUCCAGCAGAAGGGACGACAGCUCUCCGCCCGCGAACGUCUAUCUGAGAAACGCCGGAACCAGACAGUCGUGGACCCGUCCAGCAAAGCGGAGGCAGCAAAGCGCUUCCAGAUGCGGCGCAGCACAGGGACCCGCGGGUCUCUGGACCUCUCGCAGGGUAAACGGGGAUCUACUCAACACUGGACCGAAACGACAUCAUCCGAUCAUGAGGUCUCCCGGCCUACUGGCCGCGGCAAGAAAACGGUCGCUCCUUUUCAGAAGGAAGACGAUGGGAAGACACCCAGGGCCGCGACUCAGCAAGUUCUGACUCGGUCCAACAGCCUCUCUGCACCGCGGCCUACUCGCGCCUCCAUGCUCCGCCGUGCCCGCCUUGGUGAGACCUCAGACAACGAAGGUGCGGAGACGGACCGGGGCUCCCAGAACUCCGAUCACGUUGCCGCAACAAAAGUGUCGGCCGACGGGAGGAAGCUGUCCCGGCUAGAUAUCCUGGCGAUGCCGAGGAAGAGGACCGGCUCUUUCACGGCUCCCAGCGACACAGAGACUGCUUCCGCCAGCCGCUCUGCCAACCACAACUCAGAACCCGGCACCCGGAUGAGGUCCGUGGGCGACGCCCGCCAGACCGCCAGUAAAGGGGGAGUAGUUACAGGGAAGCAAUCGCGGACUCGGUCUAGUGGAGCCAAGUACACCACCGCCGGUUCCCGCCGCAGACAGAAGGGGUCCGACUCCUCCUCCUCUGAGGGUGAGUGCCCAAACGGUGUCGUGAAUCCCAAAACCAAGCGCUCAUCCCACCCGCCUUCCGCCACCCAGACGCAGCGCCACCGGGCCAAUGCCACCCGGUCUAAGUCAGUAUCCGUGGAGACGGAGGAGGACGCGGACCCAAGUGAAGUGGACCCGUAUCAGAACUGGUCCACGCACAGCGCAGAGAUCGCCAAGCUCAGUCAGGAUCUGGCUAAGGAUCUGGCCAUCCUUGCAAAGGAGAUCCACGAUGUCGCCGGAGAUGGAGAUGGAGACUCGCCCAGCGUAGAGAACACCACCUACCACAACAUGCCAGCCUCCACCAUCUCCGCCAAGGAGGAGAGGGCAUCUUAUCCAUACCUGUGUGGGGUUGGACCAGCUAAGCUGGUCCAACAUAUCCCCGAAGCCAGUUUAAAUUACCAGAAGGUUCCUCCGGGUUCUGCCGCCAUCUCGGAUCUGGACUUGAACAUGAAUGAGCCAGAGCCCGGUUCAAAGCUCCGCCGCCUGUGCAACCGUGAAGAGGUUAUUCUGGACAACCUGAUGUUGAACCCCGUGUCCCAGCUGUCUCAGGCCAUUCGGGAGAACACGGAACAGCUGGCAGACAAAAUGAAGGUUCUUUUCCAGAACAAGGCUGGGGUCUGGGAGGAGAUCGAGGCUAAGAUCAACGCUGAGAACGAAGUCCCCAUCCUGAAAACCUCUAACAAGGAAAUUACAUCGAUUCUGAAAGAGCUGAGACGAGUCCAGAGACAACUGGAAGUGAUAAACACCAUCGUGGAACCCGGCGGGGUUCUCCAGAUAGCGGCUGCCGGGACGUCGUCUCUCGCUCAGACUCGAUCGUACACCCGGGAGAAGAAACCUGCUUCCAAACCGCACAGCGCCACCCCGACCUCCAACGCCAACACAAGCACCAGAAGACCACCUCGUGGACCCGAAGGGGCCCAUUAUGUGGCCUGAGCCGCCCCGCUUGCUGAAGCACCCGUGGGGCGUAGCCAUGAAUUCUCACAGUCGCCGCCACAUGCCCAGCCUCUUUCCAGUGAUCAGCUGACCGGGUUACCAGCUGUAGCACCCGUGAACACCAAAUCCAUAUGGCGGUUGACCAGCUGUGUCCCAGUUCCAUACCAAACACCAAUAGUAUACUGUGCUACUCCUUUCUCAUAGUAUGGUGUACUAGUACACCGAUGGAGGUCAAACCAGAACCCAGAGUUCAAUGUGUGGGUUCGACUGCCCUUUAAGCCGGUGGUGAGGAGGAAGACUGCAGUCCACUGAAUGUUUAGAUACAUCCUCCAGAUGAUUAGACACAGUAAUUCAUAAUAUAUCAGGGUCCUACUCAUAUAUCCUCCUGUUUGAUCACUAAACGGAAAGUAAUGCCUUUCUACAACCUGAACAUAAGUUUAACAAGAAGAACUUUUUCUGAAAGAAUCAAUAAGAUUAUUCAUGACUUUCUGGUUCCCGGUCUUCCUGGGGGGGUUCACGGUGCUCCAGAUCCUGCAGGGGGUCCUAAGGUGGUCCUAAUCUUUCUGGGUGUCACAAGGUGUUCCCUUGGAGCAGUGCAUUUGAGGACAUCAGUCAUUAGUAGCUGGGACACAACUGAAGUUAAUGACUUAUCCCAUUGUCACAUGUCCCAUUGUGGGACACCUGCUGCUCCGCAGACGCUCGUUGAGUUGUGAAUUCAUGGUUCAAUAAAAUAAGUCUGUAGAAGCUUUGGCGUUGCUGAACAACAUUUAUUGAAAUACACAACCUGUUGAUCGAUCGGCUUUGUGCUUUAAUCAUCUGCUGCGGCACCUCAUUUGAUCAGAUGAUCUGUUGUGUUUUUGUAUGUAGAAGAAGUCUUGUUAUAUUGACUGUAAAUGGUCUGAAUGCCUGGAGUUCAAACAGUCGAUUACCCUGAUGGUCCUUAAAUGCAUCGCCUUCCUCAAAUGCAACUGAUGAAAAGAUGUUGUGUUUUUGUUUCACUUUUGUCAAACUGUGAACUGUACUAGGAAUGAUAAUAAUAACAAUAAUAAUAAGAUACAGAAGCUUUGAGAUAAAUACAAUCAUUAUUAUGUGUUCAGUUUGGAAAGAUCCAACCAGAGAAACACAACCACAGACGAUCUACCUGACCUGUCUCAUGGGUUCAGUUCAUUCACAUAGGUUUAUAUGUGAACAACCCAUAAUAACCUCCUGUCUGACAAUAGAAACCAUGAGUGUGAAAUCAUCUUGAGGUAUAGGGGUUCUUCAUCUACAUAGUUUAAUGAAUGAAAAUUGAGCCAGAUGUUUUUAUGUAAACAUGCUGACAAAAAACAGGAAUUUAGGAGGUAACAACGUAUUUAUAGUUUCACCUGCUGGGAACACCUACUCAGUGUGUGUGUGUGUGUUUGUUCACAUUUCAUAUUUCAUUGGGUUCAUCGGGUCUAGGACCCAGUUAGCCUAGCUUAGCACAAAGAAUGGAGGCGGACGGAAACUGCUGAAACUUUUAUUUUGUAAGGUGAAUGUUUCCUGUAGGCAGUGAGGGAUUGAGGCCAGUUCACCAAAUGUGCACUUUUUUAUUUAACAGACACCUGGCUUUUUAUUUUGACAGUUGUGCUUUUUUAUUUUGACAGUCCAUUGAGUUUAUCGGCCCACAAUACAAACCUGAAUGGCAGCUGCUGUGAUGAUUUUAUUGCUGCUGUAGCAGGUGAUUGGUCGGCUGUGUUUUGUUGCAUGUGACUGUUUCCUGUUAAAAAAAAGCUUUUUUAUGCUCAUUUAUUUAUUGUUUGUAUCAUAGAAUCAUUUGUAAUAAAGUGGUCUCAUCUGAUGCUUGAUGACAUGAA